UGGCUGGGCCGAGGCGGAGCAGCAGGAAGUACCGCUCUGUACCCCGGCUCUGGCUCCCCUAGCCUCACUAGUGUUGGGAGCCAUGGGCAGCCGGGCCUCGUUCUCCGCGGCUGCUGCCUCUGCUUUCCUCCUCCUUGCCUUGGGCCCGACCCUGCCCAGCCCGGCGGCCGCUGCCCCCCACCUGCCUCGGGCCGCCCAGACCCUCCAGCUGUCCAGCUUGCCCAGCCGCGCCCCCGCCCCUGCUCCCGCCCCCGCCGCAGGGCUCAGCUACAAGACCCACUACCUGGUCCAGCAGGUUGAUCAUUUUGGAUUUGAUGUUAAUUUAACAUUUAAACAACGGUACCUAAUAGCAGAUCAAUACUGGAAGAAUGAUAAUGGUGCAAUACUUUUCUACACCGGAAAUGAAGGGGACAUUACCUGGUUUUGCAAAAAUACGGGCUUCAUGUGGGAUGUGGCUGAGGAGCUGAAAGCCAUGUUGGUGUUUGCUGAACAUCGCUACUACGGAGAGUCCUUACCCUUUGGUAACCUGUCAUUCAGUGAUUCCAAGCACUUGAAUUAUCUGACAUCAGAGCAGGCUCUGGCUGACUUUGCAGUUUUAAUUGAAUACUUGAAAAAAACAAUCCCAGGUGCUAAAAACAGUCCUGUCAUUGCUAUAGGAGGCUCAUAUGGAGGGAUGCUUGCCGCCUGGUUCAGAAUGAAAUAUCCUCAUGUAGUGAUUGGAGCUCUUGCAGCCUCCGCUCCCAUUUGGCAAUUUGCGGAUUUGGUCUCUUGUGGAAAAUUUUUUGAAAUUGUAACCAAUGACUUCAAAAAAAGUGGCUCUAAGUGUUCAGAAACCAUCCAGGGCUCCUGGAAAGCAAUUGAUAGGCUAACAUCUACAGGUGAAGGAUUGCAAUGGAUUUCUGAAGCAUUUCACCUGUGCAACCCAUUAAGAAGCCAAACUGAUGUAAUCAUGUUGAAAUCAUGGCUAGCUGAAACGUGGGUGAACCUGGCAAUGGUGGAUUACCCAUAUAGUUCAGACUUUUUAAUGCCUUUGCCUGCUUGGCCUAUUAAGGAGGUAUGCAAAUAUUUGACAGAUCCCAGUGCAUCAGAUAAAGUCUUGGUACAGAAUAUUUUCCAAGCAGUGAAUAUCUAUUACAAUUAUUCUGGAGAAGCAAGCUGCCUGAAUACCUCACAAACAGCAACAAGCAAUCUUGGGAUCCAGGGCUGGAGCUAUCAGGCCUGCACAGAAAUGGUAAUGCCCAUUUGUACUACUGGUAUCAGUGAUAUGUUUGAACCUCAGGCAUGGGACUUUGCUGCAUAUUCUGACCAGUGUUUCCAAGAAUGGGGUGUGAGACCUAGACUUUCAUGGAUUCCAACUAUGUUUGGUGGUAAAAACAUCAGUUCACACAGUAACAUCAUCUUCAGCAAUGGUGCCCUGGAUCCUUGGUAUGCAGGUGGAGUGAAUGAGAACAUCACAGAUACUCUCAUUUCGAUAGUCAUCCCAGAUGGGGCCCAUCACUUAGAUCUACGUGCCAGGAAUGCUGAUGACCCUGAGUCAGUGCUGUUAGCCCGAACCAUGGAAGUUGACUACAUGAAGAAAUGGAUCACACAGUUUCAGGGUCAUCGCUGAAAAGUGACAUGGAUGCCACAUAAUAAUGUCAUGAUUUUUUUUUCCCCAAACAUCACCCUCUGUACUUUUUCUGUGUAGUCUUUUUCCGUUACUAGAUUGGGGACAAGAGAGGAAAAGUACCUGUAAUAAAAUUUCCUCAGCACGAUUUUUAUUUUGCAGGUGCUGGACUUCCAUAUUCCAUGUCCAUAAGGAGGUUCUUUUCAGUUUUUACAAAUUGCCAAAAACCUAACUUGGUGUGUCCUCCCUGAAUAUCAGGGUUCCUGAUUGUCUUAGGAAAAAGGAAUGACUCUUCUGAGCGAUAGCUUGAUAGCUUUUGGUUCCUCACUGGUUAAGUUUUUCAAAUCACUUUGGGGCUACUUGUCACUGCUAACCAGGGAAUUUUGUAAAAACAAACCAACAAACAAACCAAAAAUGUUAUUAAGGGCAGAGGGGUGAUGAAAAAAAUGAUGCCUACUGUUGUGAAAAUCUUCUUAACAGGCUUUUAUUAGGCCACAUCUAGAACAUAGAAAACAUUUCUCUUGUUCUAAAGUUGUUAGCCAAGGAUGUAAGUUGGGUUGUGUUAUUGUAAAUAAGGAAUAGGGCUGGACCUUAUACCUGUUUGUUUAUAUUAAAGGACAUGCCAGUUGUCUUUUAACAUGGCACAUAUUUAGUUUGGUUGGUUGUGUAAUUUUUUUUUCUUUUAUGUGUUUCUCAGUUCUUGGCAUCUUCUCUUAAUUCUGGGAUAUUUGCCACAGUGGUUCUGCCAGAGAGAAAUUUGACUAUUUUCUGCUCCGUUUCUCUUGGUUUCUUAGCUCAGUUUUGGGAUACUUUUGAUAGGCUCUGCUGGUUUAAAAAAAAAGAUUCAACUUUGCCCAUUAUAUUUUUGAGAGGCUUGUUUAUAUAUGAUUUGGCACCUGUAGAAGUUUCAAUAUAGACCUUAAAAUUAUGGAUUAACUAUUCAAAAUCAGUUACAUUUACCUUUCCUUUUUUGUUGUUGGUUGGGAUGGUGUCACGAAAGCCCGGGGUAUUGCAGCACACAGGGGCAGGUGCACAACAAGUUUCCUGUUUGGUAUCCAAAAAGGCCAACUGACCAAUUCAGAGAGACAGCAUUUUUGACAUUAAUAAAUGGCUGAGCUGUUCCUA